AUGGAAUCCCAGGGUAGAGAGCAGACCGUCUCACCUGUGCAUUAUCAUUCUCUUCUAAAGAUUGACCGCAGCAUCCUCAUGGCGUCUAAAUUCGUCAUUUGCAUCGUUGGUGUACUUCUGCUGCCAUCCAAAUGUACAGCACAUAUAACUGUACUACCAAUAAUUACUAAUUCAGCCAACAUAAAUAUUGCACCACGACUCACUACAAAUACUACACAACCAGUCAGCACAAAUACUGCACCACUAGCAACCACAAAUACUACACCAUUAUCCACCACAACUACACCACCACAACUGCCAUAUCACAAGCCAUCACAACUACACGACAUGCCACCACAGCUACUACACCACCAGCCACCACCACCACAACUACCACCCAAUCAGCAACCGCAACUACAACACCAGCCACCACAACUAGUGCACCACAAGCCACAACAACUACCACCCAACAAGAAACCACAACUACACCGUCGGCCACCAAAACUACCGCACCACCAACCACAACUACACCACCAGUCACCACAACUACACCGCCAGCCACCACAACUACCGCACAAACAGCCACAACUGCCUCACCACAACUACACCAUCAGUCACAACUACCGCACCAUCAGCUACAACUAUCGCACCACCAGCCACAACUACCGCACCACUACCCACAACAACUACCACCCAACAACAACCACAACUACACCACUAGCCACUACAACAACCGCACCACCAGCCAUCACAACGACCACCAAACCAGCAACCACAACUACACCACUAGCCACAACUACCGCACCACCAGCCACCACAACUACCAAACCAGCAACCACAACUACACCAGCCACCACAACUAAUGCACCACCAGCCACAACAAUUACAACCCAACAAGCAACCACAACUACCAUCCAAAAAGCAACCACAACUACACCACCAGCAACCACAACUACUGCACCACCAGCCACCACGACUACACCAAUAGCCACCACAACUAAACCACCACAUCCAACCAACAACCACAACUAUACAACUAACCACCACAACUACUGCACCACCUGCCACAAAAACUACCACCCAAGAAGCAACCACAACUACACCAACAGCCACAACUACCAACCAACAACCCCCACAACUACAACACCAGGCACCACAACUACUGCACCACCAGCUACUACUACACCACCAGCCACCACAACUACUGCACCAGCACCAACUACCGCACCACCAGCCCCCACAUCUACUGCACCACCAGCCACAACAACAACACCCCAAGACGCAACCACAACUACACCACCAGCCACCACAAAUACCGCACCACCAACCCCCACAACUACAACACCAGGCAUCACAACUACUACACCACCAGCCACAACAACUACUGCACAACCAGCCACAACGACUGCACCACAAGCCGCAACAACUACCGCACUACCAACCACAACUACCACCCAACCAGAAACCACAACUACACCACCAGCCACCACACCACAACUACUGCACAACCUCCCACACCACAACUACCGCACCAACAACCGCACUACCAGCAACCACAACUACACCAAUAACCACCACAACAACCGCACCACUAGCCACAACAACUACCACCCAACAAGCAACCACAACUACACCACCACCACCACACCUACCACCCAACUAGCAACCACAACUACACCACUAGCCACUACAACAACCGCACCACUAGCCAAAACUACCGCACCACCAGCCACCACAACGACCACCAAACCAGCAACCACAACUACACAACUAGCCAUAACAACUACCUCACCACCAGCCACCACAACUACUACCAAACCAGCAACCACAACCUCACCAGCCACCACAACUACUGCACCACCAGCCACAACAAUUACAACCCAACAAAUAACCACAACUACAGAACCAGCCACCACAACUACCGCACCACCAGCCCCCACAACUACAACACCAGGCACCACAAUUACUGCACCACCAGCCACCACGACUACACCAAUAGCCACCACAACUAAACCACCAGCCACAACUACUGCACCACCAGUCACAACAACUGCCGCACCCACAUCUACUGCACCACCAGCCACAACUACCGCACCACCAGCCCCCACAACUACAACACCAGCCACCACAACUACACCAUCAGCCACAACUACUGCACAACCUCCCACAGUAACCACCGCAACGCCCCACAACUACCGCACCAACAGCCGCAACAACUACCGCACUACCAGCAACCACAACUACACCAAUAACCACCACAACAACCGCACCACCAGUAACAAUAACCGCACCAAAAGCCACCACAACUACCACCAAACCAGCAACAACAACUACACCACUAGCCACAAAAACUACCGCACCACCAGCCACAACAACUACAAUCCAAGAACCACAACAACUACCAUCCAAGAAGCUACCACAACUACACCCCCAGCCACAACUAUCAACAAACAAGCAACCACAACUACACCAGCCACCACAACUACAACACCAGCCAACAUAACUACUGCACCACCACCACCACAACUAAACCACCAGCCACAACUACGGCACCACCAGCCACAACUACCACACAACAAGGAACCACAACUACACCACCAGCCACAACAACUACCGCACCACUACCCACAAGAACUACCACCCAACAACCACAACUACUGCACCACCAGUCACAACAACUACGGCGCCAACAGCCACAACAACUACCGCACCACCAGCCACCACAACAACCGCACCACCAGCUACAACUACCACACCACCAGCCACCACAACAAUCCCACCACAACGACCACCAAACCAGCAACCACAACUACACCACUAGCCACAACAACUACCGCACCACCAGCCACCACAACUACUAGCAAACCAGCAACCACAACUACACCAGGCACCACAACUACUGCAUCAUCAGCUACCACUACUGCACCACCAGGCACCACUACUGCACCACCAGCCACCACAACUACCACCCAACAAGCAACCACAACUACACAACCAGCUACCACAACUACUCCACCACAACUAAACCACCAGCCACAACUACUGCACCAACAGUCACAACAACUACCACCCAAGAAGCAACCACAACUACACCACCAGCCACAACUACCAACCAACAACUACUGCACCACCAGCCACCACGACUACACCAAUAGCCACCACAACUACACCACCAGCCACAACUACUACGGCACCAGCCACAACAACUACCGCACCACUAGCCCCCACAACUACAACACCAGGCACCACAACUACUGCAUCAUCAGCUACCACUACGGCACCACCAGCCACAACAACUACCGCACCACCAGCCACAACUACCACACAACAAGGAACCACGACUACACCACCAGCCACAACAACUACCGCACCGCUACCCACAAGAACUACCACCCAACCAUAACUACACCACCAGCCACAACAACUACCACCCAACAAGCAACCACAACCAAACCACCAGCCACCACAAUUACUGCACCACCAGCCACCACGACUACACCAAUAGCCACCACUACUAAACCUCCAGCCACAACUACUGCACCACCAGCCACCACAACAACCCCACUACAACAACCGCACCACCAGCCACAACUACCGCACCACCAGCCACCACAACGACCACCAAACCAGCAACCACAACUACACCACUAG